AGUAGAAGUAUAUAGUACCAUCUACAAAGAGUUCUCUGCUCUACCUGAACAAAAAAGAAAAAUGGUAGAAAGAAAAAAGAAAAUCCCAUUUGCUUAUUGUAUGUACUAAGCCAUCUGAAAGAAAAGUUCUCUUUGACCUUACUUCACCCAUGACCCUGAAAGCAUAGACAGCACAUGAAGGACAGUAUAAGGGCAAGUCCUCCUCUUCCAUGGAUUUACCUCUCCCUGAAGAAGCACACCCACCAUCCUGAAUCCACUGAGGAUAUGCAUAGAGGAGCAAGGCCUCUGGAGUUGCAGCAAGAGUUGGUUCCUGACUAGGAAGCCUUUGCACCCUAGCCUACUGCUGCUACUCCCUGUAGUAAGCUCCUGGGCAAACAACUGGGUGUGUUCAGAAUGGAAACUGCAGCCAUGCAGAUUCCAGACCUGGCCUGGUCUUUGGCACCCUCUAGAGGAAUAUUUCAUUCUCACACCUGUGCUUUGAGUAACCAAAUCCUCUACCAUGUACACUGUUGGCUUCGUGAACUCUUCAGACUUACUGUUCAUCGCCCAGCACUCCACUCGCAGAUGUCUGCAGCAUUGAAAGAUUGGCAAUGACUCCCUCUCGUGUCAGCACGAUGUCACCUGCUCAAGUCCCCAAUCUCUGCCUUGUCCUUUCAGACCCAGCCAGGCCCUGAAUCUGAAGGACUUGGACUUCCCAUGGUUCUCGGUUUCCCUCUUGGCCCCACCUCAUUUAUUUAGCUCCCCAGCCUUCAGCCUGAACCCCACAUGGGGCCAGCUUUGGUUCCUUAAUGGAGGCUUGCCUUUCUCAAGGGAGGCAUUUUCCUGAGAGCUAGACCCAUGUUUCUUCUUUCUGACCUCAGCAUUUAGAAACCUGAAAGACCAAAUAUGGCUUGGAUGGACAGGCAGAGACGCUCCAUGAUGAACUCUGGGCCUAUACUAGCAAGGAUAAAAGCAGUAUUGCGGAAGGAGUUGGUGCGAGAGUUCCUGGCAGAGUUCAUGAGCACAUAUGUCAUGAUGGUGUUUGGCCUUGGUUCUGUGGCUCAUAAUGUUCUAACAAAUCAAAAACAAGGGAGCUACCUUGGUGUCAACUUGGGUUUUGGCUUCGGAGUCACUAUGGGAGUGCACAUGGCAGGCAGCAUCUCUGGGGCCCACAUGAAUGCAGCUGUGACCUUCACCAGCUGUGCAUUGGGCCGUGUGCCCUGGAAGAAGUUCCCUGUGUAUGUGCUGGGUCAGUUCCUGGGCUCCUUCAUGGCCUCUGCCACCAUCUACAUGCUCUUCUACACGGCCAUUCAAGACUUCUCAGGUGGGCUGCUGACAGUGAGCGGCCCCAAAGCGACCGCGGGCAUUUUUGCCACCUACCUUCCUGGCCACAUGACAUUGUGGCGGGGCUUCCUGGACGAGGUGUUCCUCACAGGGAUGCUCCAGCUGUGUCUCUUCGCCAUUACGGACAAGAACAACAAUCCGGCCCUUUCAGGGACAGAGGCCCUAGUGAUUGGCACCCUCAUUUGCAUCAUUGGGGUGUCCCUAGGCAUGAACACAGGGUAUGCUAUCAACCCGUCCCGGGACCUGCCUCCCCGCUUCUUCACUUUCAUGGCCGGCUGGGGAACACAAGUGUUCAGUGCUGGGGACAACUGGUGGUGGGUGCCAGUGGUGGCACCGCCCCUGGGUGCUUACCUCGGUGGCAUCCUGUACUUGAUCUUCAUUGGCUGCAACAGCUCACAAGAACCCCCGAAAACGGAGAAUUCUGUGACAUACGAAGACCACAAGAUAACCAUAUUGCCCAAGAGCAGCUCAUCCAAGUCUGCUCUUACCCCCAUGUCUGUGAGCCCUGCUUCAGUCCAGCCUGCCCAGGCCUUGGGCAGUUCCGGGAUUACAGAGCGUUUCUAAGUAGAGAUUAUUUGUGAUCCCAACCCUACUCCAAUAAAGCAAGCCCUGUCCCACAUCAGCACCCUCACUUCCUGAGGGCUUCCUGGGGCAGGCUUCCCUCUGGAGCUCUUCCAAGAGCUCCAGGGUUAUUCUUUUGGGUCUUUCUUAGCAGGUUAGAACAUAGAAUGAGGGGGAGCAAACUCAGAGGGUCCUCUGAUUAAUGUUCACACAGAAUGGCUUUCAGGCAUAGGGGAGUGGGUGGUGGUGGUUUGAGCAAGAGCUGGUAAGGGCCAGUUUUGGAGACAAUUUGAGGUUCUUAGGAGCAGGCAAGGUCCAUGUAUUUAGAGCAGAAAUUUCCAACCUUCUUCCCCUGACAACUUUUUUUCUUAAUUAUACAUAUGAAUACUACCUGUAUACUAUGUUGUUUGUGUACUAUAUCUGUGCUUUAUACAUAAAAGAUUAAGACUUUUUUCA